UUGUGGACCACUUAUAACAUGUAUGUGUUUACUUAAAGGCAGCAUCUUCAGUAGCAGCAGUUUAUCCUAGAAACUCGCCAUGGGGAUACUACUAACCGUUUCUAUGUUGUUCUUACUCGUAUGGCUUUCCAGUGGAGCGGGAGUAGGAACAAUUAAGUUUGAGUGGUAUAGCAACCCUACCUACCAGACAGAUGACGGUAACUGCUGUGAUUCGUCCUUUCCUUGUAGACCUGAAAUUUGCGAUCCCUACCUCGUCAUAUGCAUCGACACAGAACCUCCAUCUGGGCUCUUCCUGUGACAGCGUCAGAUGAACAUGGACGGCUGGUGAUUUCAGAGAUUCAGCUCAAUUAUGCUGGUGACUACGUUUGUUCUGCCGUCGGGGUUUACAUAACGUAUAAAGAAUCUGUUAGGUUGGAUGUCAGAAGACUAGUUGGCUCUGACCCGACGCCCUCUCCUGUUGAGCCCUGCGGUGCCGGGAAAUUCGAAAGUCAGAACGGAGAGUGUAUUCCCUCAGAAUACCUCUGUGACAGAGAUCCCGACUGUGUUGACGGCUCUGACGAAGUCUCGUGUCCCGCCGCCGACUACCCGUGUGAUCCGGAUGAGUUCCUCUGUACCAACGGAGUUUGUGCUUGGAAGAUAUGGAGAUGUGACGGUAAUAAUGAUUGUGGGGAUAGAUCUGACGAACACAAUUGUGGAACUGCUCCCCCUGGUGCUCAAUGUCGUGUGAAUGAGUAUGAAUGUUCGACCAACAACCAGUGUGUGCUUGCCGGCUACCAGUGUGAUGGAGAGUUCGACUGUCAGGACAGUUCUGACGAGAUCGGCUGCUCUGAACCUGCAAUUGUCAUUCCCCCUGUGACUCGUAUUGGUGUGGACAUCGGAGGCCGUUUUACCAUUAUUUGUGAAGCCGUAGGUACCCCUACUCCCCUAAUUGUCUGGUAUCUGAACGCGGAAAACAUCCCAGUGGGCGAUCGUGUAUACGUUCAAAGUGCCGACGGCCGGGGAAAUCUGACCAUCACGGACGUUCGCAUUACCGACUCGGGAACCUAUACCUGCGAGGCUAUCAACAAGAAGGGAAUAGUAUUUGCUUCGCCAGAUGCUAUCGUCAGUGUCCGAUGACUGUGAUGUCGAGUUCAAAUGGAGUAGUGAGGGAUUUAUCUCGGCGCAGUAUAUCAUGUUGAAAAGGCACAGAAGUCGAAAAAAGACUAUGAGGAUAUUGCUGCGUCUGUUGAAAGAUUUGUCCAUGGGGUUCAUUAUCAUCAAGUGUUUUUUACAUCAAUCAUGUUUUCCCCGUAAAUUCAGUUUCAAGCUUCAUUAUCUUCUAAAGUGUUACGGAUUAUGAUAUAUCUGGGGGAAAUGACGGUUUACUAAUUAGAAGUUCCACAAAUGUACUAUACACCUCGCUAAGAUCUAGCGAUUAAAAUUGAAAUCACUGUAAUUCAUUAGAAUAGUUUUACCAUGUUAUAUAAAGACAUGUGUAUCAAUGGACUUACAGCCACCAGUUUUUGCCUAUUCAUGAGUCUGUGUUCAUCUUAUGGGUUUUAAUGAUAGUAUGUAAUGUAUGUAUUGGUAAUUUGCUCUGUAGUGAGUUAGGCCUUUUAU